AUGGGAACCAGAAAUAAGAGGUCAUUCAGCAAGCCUGAUCACGGAUCGUAUACAGCGUCGAUGGAGAGUAGCGGACGGAUAGAAAAUAAUCCCGAAAGCAUUUUGCCGUCGCGAUCUUCUCUCAUGGAACCUCGAACACCCACCAGAAUAGGGAAAAUAUCGAAAAAGGUCAGAUUUUCUGAUUCUGGCCUCCCAAUACAACAACUGUCUAGCAAUAUAGACAGCAACCUGUCAACUGGUUUAACACCGGCGAUUAAGCGGACAAGACUUGUAUCUGAGAAUUCUCCAUCAAUAAAAGAACCUAGCGCUAAAAGGACUCGUCGUCGCUGCUCAGAACCUAACUGGCGAACCGACAACAAUGGGGUAAAAUAUGAGUUGCCGGAACUACCGACCGAAGCCCAAACGUUCCAGUUUUUAUCCUGCAGCGCAAUCCUUAAUGCCAGAGCUAGACGGCGCAUUGCACGGUUUGGGCUUAGUGAAGAAAUGAACAACAUCAAUGAGAGAAAGAAAAAGAAGGAAAGGGAGGAAAGGGCAAAGGAAGAAGAGCUGAUGAAUCUGAGGCGAGAAUUAAGCGCCUUACGUGAAGUGAAGACUGAAGCACAAGAUGACAGCGUCCCGUACACUCCGGAGAGAAUUAGGGAGCUGUCCGAGGCAAGACAUCGGAUUGCGGAAUUGGAGACCUUGUUGAAGAAGUAUGAGGAUUCAGCACGUGCGGAAAGUCUGUCAAUAUCCCCGCCUGCAAAUGAGGAUGAAGAGAUGAUAUUUGUUGGUGACGACAUUACGAUGAUGGACAAUGACAUGCUCACCGCUUCGUCAAGCCCAGUUUCGUCGCGACUGUCCUCAAAUCGCCGGCGUACUUCAGAUGCAUGGACUCAAAUCGCUCGACAAGAUACAGAGCAAGAUGCAGAGAACAACGCUCUAUCUGCCCAACUCCACAAUGUGAGACAAGAGAAACGUGCACUUUUCAGAGAUUGGUCUUCUCUUUUGGGAUCCAAUAAUGUGGAUAGAGGAAAUGGCUCUCAAGCAGAGAGCCCUCCAAACCGUUCAGCUUCCCCUCCACCAAAUUUCUUACCUCAAAUCGUCAGUACGCUACGCAAGAUUUUGUCUCGAGAAUCAAAGGCUAUUGGAAAACUCGAAAGUGUAGCUAAAGGCCUCUCCGGCCACGGGUUUGAUGGUGCCAGUGCAUCUGAAAUACUGUCAAAUAUGAGCGUUCGCUUUCGCCAAGCCAGAAUCGAACUCGAACGAGCUGUUCCUGGUGAAACAGCAAAUGGAGAUUUAAUGAACUGGAAAGAAAUUAUCGAUGCACUUGUAGAGCGGAUUAACAACUUAGUCCAGAAUCUUGCAUUGAUCCACGAACAGGUUACUGGUUGCGAAAAUCGAGAAGCUGCCUUGCGGAACCAGUUCAAUAUGACAUUGCAUCGUUUGGAGCAAUCGAACAAAAAGAACAAGAAUCUCGAAGAAGUUAGCGACUCCAUGGCAGAAGACAUGAUGCAUAUUCGGAUGAAGAUGCAGAAACUGGGGCAAGAAAUCAAUGUCCUGGAAACGGAUAAAGUCCGCCUCAAUAGUGCAAUUGCAAGUUACAGAGCCGAUCUCAAAAUCCUAGAAGAGCUAAAUAUGAAACUUGAAGACGACACAAUCGCCUCCAUGCAAAAAGUCGCCGAGCUAGAAAACGCAAACUCAAACUUACAUAGUGAGAAUAUGCGGGCGAAGGAGGAUAUUGCCAAAUUGGAACAGAACAUAAUCGAUCAACAACGAAUCCGUGAAAAGAUGCAAAAACUUCUGGACAAGCGUACCGCAGAGCUAUCAUCUCUUGAAUCGAAGAUACAACAACUGAAAUCCGAGCAUGACCAAGCCAUUGCUUCCCAAUCGCAAAAUCACGAUAAACAGCUAGGAGCCAUGAACGUUCGCAUCUCAUUAAUCACCAACGCGCUCAAUGAAACCCAAUCAGAUAUCGAAACGCUUCGUGUAGACAAGGCUCGUUUGCAGUCCCGAUUGAACUCCCUGCAAAAGCUGUUCUCGAAAGAAAAAAUCCACACCGCGCGAGAAAGAGCCAGCGGAACUGUCAGGGAACUCAUGGAGUGGGAAAAUGGGAUGUCUGCUUUGUAUGGUGGCAUUGAUAGUCCUAAGGACCACCAGAGCGGACAGAACGAUAGCGAAGUUCGCACCACGAUUAACAAUAGUGGAUUUGCACCGAUUGGGAGCGAACCCAUUACGCCGUCAUGCGAUAGGUUUGUGAACGUGGAGGUCUACAGAGGGGAUAAGAGGAAGAGACGGCGACCGGAUUCUGGGAUUGGGAUUUUGGAAGAAGAGGAGGAGGAGGAGGGUGGAGAUGCCUUGGAGGAUUCAGGAAUCGGGAAUCGCGGGUAG